CAGCUGUCUCUUUAAAUGUGAUUUCCUUCUAUUGUAUUUGAAUCGUGAUCAGGAAAAAGGAAAUGAAACCAGAGACAGAGGGAAGCUGAGCGAAAAUAGACCUUUGCAAGCGAGGAGGGAGCCUGGGGAGAGCCGCGCGGUCCGCUCUCCGCCCCCAGGCCGCCGCCCCCUUUCUGCCCUCGGCGCCCCGACCCCGGAGAAGGGAGCGCAGUGACUGUCCUUGAGUGUGGAGGGGCGAGAUCGCCGGCGGAGCGACCAAGCAAGAGGAGGCGCAGGAGCGGCGGCGCCCGAGCACCCGAGGGGGUCCGAGUCCAGGCAGGCGGUCAACUACGCGCCACAAAGGGAGCGCCCCCAACCCCUGGCACGCCGCCUUCCUCCCCAAUGUCCUCGGCCAUCGAAAGGAAGAGCCUGGACCCCUCUGAGGAACCAGUGGAUGAGGUGCUGCAGAUACCCCCAUCCCUGCUGACAUGUGGUGGCUGCCAGCAGAACAUAGGGGACCGCUACUUCCUGAAAGCCAUCGACCAGUACUGGCAUGAGGAUUGCCUCAGCUGUGACCUCUGUGGGUGCCGGCUGGGAGAGGUGGGGCGGCGCCUCUACUACAAACUGGGACGGAAGUUGUGCAGGAGAGACUAUCUCAGGCUUUUUGGUCAAGACGGUCUCUGCGCUUCCUGUGACAAGAGGAUCCGUGCCUAUGAGAUGACAAUGCGAGUGAAAGACAAAGUGUACCACCUGGAGUGCUUCAAGUGCGCUGCCUGUCAGAAGCAUUUCUGUGUGGGUGACAGAUACCUUCUCAUCAACUCCGACAUAGUGUGUGAACAAGACAUCUAUGAGUGGACUAAGAUCAAUGGAAUGAUCUAGGCCAGAGUCCCAGGUGCCUUCGGGGAGGUGUUCAGUGAAGACACUGUCUCAGUGGGAUCUUCAUUCUUAGGCACUUUGGGAGCCUGAGGGUGGGUGAGGCAUUUCUCGGGAGAUUGUGGACUCUCCCUGGGCUCUAAGACAUAGCAUCCACUUGACAUAACACAAAGGCUGGGACUUCAGUGACAAAAAGACCAAGCCCUUAGAGAGAAUUUAUGGUCACAGACUAUCCAUAGUAACUGACAAGAUCAGUGGAGGGGAUAUUUGGGAACCUGCAUGCACUGUGCCAUCGAGAUAGGAGUUCCCAGCUAGGCAGAGCUGGGUAAAGAUUAGACAUGACCUUGUCGUUCAUGGGCUAGAGAUGUGUGAUUAAUUUCUUCCUGGCUUUGGUAACCACCCUGUUCCAAUCACUCUCCUUCACACUGGGGAAGGACAGAGACACAAGUA